AUGUUGCCAGCCGGUGUUAUCUUGGUGUUUGUCCUAGUCGGAUUGGCCGCCAUUGCCAUCAUCAGUACUGUUAUUUACAACAAGCUACAAGCCAGAAAGAAGGGUUUGCAGAAGUUCUAA